AUGGUGAAAAGGCUUUGGGGAAACAAUGAUUGUGAUAAGUACAUUCUGCCAAUACAUACGAUGUGGAUACCAAGAGAGAGCUGUGAGGAAAAUAAGAGAUUCAAGUGCCAAUCCGGAUAUAUACCAGAAGUUCAGACCAAAUGUAAAAACGGAGCAUGGUAUUUGGAACCAACCUGUCAAGAUUGUGAUAAGUACAUUCUGCCAAUACAUACGAUGUGGAUACCAAGAGAGAGCUGUGAGGAAAAUAAGAGAUUCAAGUGCCAAUCCGGAUAUAUACCAGAAGUUCAGACCAUAUGUAAAAACGGAGCAUGGUAUUUGGAACCAACCUGUCGAGGUAAAAAUCAGUAUUUAUACAGAUUCUGUACAUUGUGA